AAUUUAGCAAAUCAGUGGCACCGGGAGGGGGUGUCUUUAGGCAAACUACACUUACCGGGGGAACUAUUGAAGCAACUCAAUCACUAGAUGAAUCAAAUAGCCCUACUCCCGUUGUUAAUACAGAUGAUUCCGCUAGACUCAGGAAAGGUCGUGGCAGGACUAGAGGAAAAGGUCUUGAAAAAAUGAAGAAGGCUAUGGGAAGCAAGAUGAAAAUAGAGAUUCCUAUUGGUAAAGGAAGGCCAACUAAGCCAAUUCAAUCCACUAAACUAUCCAAUGAAUUAGGGAUAAUUGCUCGGAAUUUUCUUCCACUUCCAAACAAGUGGAAGGAACUUACAAGAGAGGACAAAGAUGCAGCAUUAAUUAGAUGCCACGGUGAAAAGGAAUUUGAAGGUGUAGAGCCUGACAGAAUUGAGUUCUACAAGCAUACUCAUUACACGAGUGAAAAAGGAUGGUCAUCUGAAGAAGUUGAGACUAACUAUAACAACAUGAAUGAUUUGAAAGCUCUAUAUACUUCUGGAGAGUCUUCUAUGACUAUUGAUGAAAUUGUGGAUGUUGUACUUGGUACAAAGUCGGGGUACAUAAAAGGUCUUGGUUAUGGUCCUAAACCUAAUACUACAAGGGCAACACAAAGGAGGAUGACAGUGUUAGAAGACUCCCUCAAAAAGGUAAAACUGGAAGCUGCUAGUGCCCAAAAUGAGUUACAGAAAUGAUUAAAUGCAGCUAAAACUGUGGUAGAAAGUCAGCAAUUACAGAUACAAAACCAGCAGUCGCAGAAAAAGCGUUAAAUUCUCAAUUGAAUACUGUAGCAGCAUGCCAAGAGGAAAUGCUUAAGAAAAUGCAACUUCUUGUUAGCCCAUCACCGUCAAGGUUAGAGGUGUAAAAGUGAGUUUAAUGAAGACUAAUUGUAAGCUCAACACGUUAUUGGUACUUUGAAAGAAACCUCUACAUAUUUGCCUUAGUUUAGGAUAGGAGUAAUAGUUAGUACUAUAUUUAAGUUAGAUUUUCUUUAUGUUGGACUUGUUUUACUUUUCUUUGCCCUGUGAGAAGAUAUUGUCUUAGUAUAAUUUUAGUUUUCUAAUUGGAAGAUUAUGGGUGAAUUUUAUCAAUGUGACAUGUUUUAUAAUUUUAUUUUUGAUUUAUUCAA